AUGUGUAUGACGGCAUGGCAAAUCUGGAAUGAUCGGAAUGCUUUAUAUCAUGGUAGAAGAAUCCCUUCAGUGCAAAGUCAAGGUGAAAAAAUGGAAGAAUAUCUGGAAGAGUUUCAGGCAAUACAGCUAUCUCUUAAGGUGCCAAGUUCGGAAAUGACAAACCAGUUUGGAGUAUCUCGCAGAAGGUUCUGGAAGUCCCCACCGACGGAUGAACUGAUUCUCAACACUGAUGCAGCAGUGAACAUUGAGGAAGGGGUGAUAUCCAUUGGAGCUGUAAUUCGGAACCAUCGUGGGGAGGUUAUGGGAUCGAUGGGCAAAGUCAUAAAUGGAAACUACUCCCCACUCACAGCGGAAAUGCUAGCCAUCAGAGAGGGACUGGAGUUUGCAGUAGAGAGUGGGUUGGGUGUCAACAUUGCAGAAACGGACUCCUUGCUUUCGGUCCAAACCAUCAACCUUCAUUUUCCGUUCUCCCCUGUGCUGAAUAUAGCUGAGGACUGCAGAAUCCUUUUGGCUCGGAUGGGGAACUGCCUGGUCCGACACGCUCCAAGACGAACUAAUCAGGUGGCUCAUGAACUAGCACUUCUGGCAAAAUUUUCUAGGACUGAUUUUAUGUGUUGUGAAGAUGUACCAGAAUCCAUUGUGAAUCUGGUAAACUACGAUGUUGCGCAUUUGAAUGAUUAA